GCUUUUCAUUUCUGUGGGAUUUAUCCUUCGUCCAUCAUUAGGAAAAUGUGAUUUUUUUUCUUUCAAAAAAAUUUCCCGAAUUUUCCAUUAAAAAAAAGAAGAAAAAUUCAAUUUUCAUGCCUUUUCCAGCUGUAUCGGUGACCUUUGAGUUGAGUUUUUCAGUGAAGAAAAGUGUUGAGAAAAUGUGAAAAGUUAUGAUUUUCCAAUGAAAAAAGCAUAAAAAGGAAUUUUCACAUGGAAAAUUCAUAUUCGUGUAAAGUAUAAAAUUUGAAUGGAAAAAUGCACGUAAAAUCUAUAAAGUUAAAAUGGUGCGCUCGGAAAAUUGAUUGAUAUCGUCUCCAUAAAUUAUGUGAAGACUUUUGAAUUGCACAAUGUGCUAGUUUUGAAGGAAGCAAACUAUGGAAAAAUGAGAAUUUUCAAUGAUUAACUGUGAAUCAAGGACGUUCUAAGGGCUGGGCUUUAAUUUGAAAAAAAAGGAAUAUUACCCAACAUAGAAUUUUAGGAAUAAAAAAAUGGAAAAUAUUGUGUUAAAAAGUGUUUCGUUUGACCUCAAAAUGAACACCACUGAGGAUUGUUGGCACUUAGAAGUAGACGGAGUGGCAGCGGGUGGUGCAAAUGGCGACGCUAAUACCCACAACCCAGACGACGGGUGUCGAAGCGUAUGAAGAUAUGUUCAAGGAGAUCACAAGGAAGUUGUAUGGAGAAGAAACAGGACAUGGCCUUCAUACACUUGGUACUCCUAUGGCUCAUGUAGCCACAACAGGACCCACAUUGCCGGAAGGGGAGAGAUCUUUUACAACAUUGAUGGCAGAUCGCACUCUCACAACAAUUGAAUACGAAAAUAAUGCAUCGGAGACAAAUAAUACAUUCAAGACGGAGGAUCACAUUACAACGGCUUUUGGAUUGGCAGCCCUCAUGCAGAAUGGUUUCCCCCCACCGGGUGCCAUAUCGCACAACUUCCAAUCAUCAUCCUCAUCGGCAUCCCGCAAUGGGAAUAAUUCAUUCAUGGUGAAUGACGAGAGGUGGCCAGGAAAUGCGGAGGAGUGCCUCCCGUGGAAUGCCAAUAAGAAUGCCGCAUACAAUUGCACGCAGAAAUCAUCGUCGAAGCACAAGAAUCACGAUGGGGCAAAUGAUGGAGCUGCUGGGGGUAGUGGCAGCGGGCAGAAGGGUCAAAAUGCAACAUCAGUGCGUGGUGGUAGUUCAUCUAGUGGCUCAGGGACAAAGCGCUACAAUUGCCAAUCGUGCCCCUAUUCCACAGAUCGGCGGGAUCUCUUUACGCGCCAUGAGAAUAUCCACAAAGAUGAGAAGCCCUUCCAUUGCUAUGCAUGCCUUAAGCAAUUCAACAGGGCGGAUCAUGUGAAGAAGCACUUCCUGCGAAUGCACAGGGAGCUCAAUUAUGACAUCAAUAAGACACGAAAAAGUCAAUCGGGUAGCUCAAAUGCGACUACCACAAAAUCCACAUAUAUCAGUGCAACUGGUGCCAGCGGUGGGAGUGCACUGAGUCAGCAACAGCAGCAUAUAAGUGAAUUUCUUGGUGCACGAACAGCAUCUAGUGCCACUGAGGCUGCAACUAAUGGACAAAAUCCCCAGGAGAUGUUGUCGCAAAAUCCAUCGGGUGAUGCAGAUGCACCCGCGGAGAAGAUGCACAUUGCCGAGAGUCAGGUGCCGGAGAAGAAGAUGACGAUGAAGACGGAAAAAGUGAGCAGUAAUGCUGCACAAGGGGUGAAGAAGAAGCAAGGUGACAAGAGGUAUGUCUGCUGCUACUGCCCGUGGACGGGUGCGGACAAUUGGGGACUCAAGAGGCACCUCAAUACACACACUAAACCCUUCGUUUGCAUCAUGUGCGACUACAAGGCAGCCAGGUCUGAGCGCCUAGCCACGCAUGUGUUCAAGGUGCACAACAAAAAGGCCUGCAACAAGUGCAAUUUCCUCGCAGACGAUCAAGCCCAAUUUAUGACACAUCAGACUGAAGUUCAUCCCCAUGACUCGAGACCUGCGCGGUCCGGAGGCGGAAGUGCGUCUUGUACAGUUUUAAGAUCGAUUAGCAACUCUUUCGUACAAAAUACAGCGUCUCAAUUAACAAAUAAUACAAAUUCCACAGCAUCUGGUCAUGCAUUUUGCUCCUUGACGCACAACUCAAAUGUGGACAAUUGCGCCGGGGCAACGGGUUCGAGUUACAGCUCCAACAAUAAUCAGAAUUUGGGAGAUUUGGGCAUACAGCAGUGGAGGAGCACAAAUAGAAGUUCGAGCAAUUCGACGAAUCAGAAGAAGGGCGCUGAGCGCCUCUUUCAGUACAUGGAAGCCGACGGAAGUGAUCCAGAAGAUUAUACCCGCCAACUCCGGAUGGCGGCUCUGAGUCGAAAUACCGCUUCAGUCGCCCAGGAUUUUCAUAAUGCGGGGGGCGGAGAUAAAUUGAUUGUUCCACCAUCAUUGGCCAUCAUUGGUAGUUUGAUGGAGCAAAUAAUGGUGCAGCAGCAGCAGCAGCAGCAGCAGCAGCAGAUGAAACGUGAAGAGUCACAUGGGGACGGGAAUGAGGAAUCCCGUGAUGUAACAGCAAAAUAUGGUAUUGGUGACUUUUCAGGAGCAAUGAGUAAUUCGCCUCCCGCGAUAGCAAAAAAGAACCGACGACGGAGUUCAUGCCAUGACAAGGAAAAUACAAAUCAUGGUUUUCCUCAUAAAUGCGACAAAUGGGAUGAUAAAAUGUGGAUGAAGGAGAUUAUGGGGAUGUAUACGGCAUACAUGACUGCCAUGAAGGAGCGCCGGCAGAAGGAGGUGCAACAACGCGAAGAGGCAGCGUGUGAGAAGAGGCACAGGAAGCAGCAAAAGCCACGGAAGAUACCGCAAACAAUGAUAGAUACAACGAAUGUGGCAAGGAUACGCGAUAAGCACCUCACGCGUUUAGUGUCGCGUCGUCAAACCUGCCAAAUUUGCAUCUAUCGCCACAAGUUUGUCGUGAUGCCAUUCCAUUCGAAGGCCUCACUCAUCCUGCACACCCUGUGGCGACACAGUGAACGUCGCUUUGCCUGCCCCACCUGCCAUGAAUCCUACACAAAGCGCUACAAACUUCUCCUUCAUCAGCAAAUUGUCCACAAAAGACGUACAUUUAAGCUUCUAAAGCGCACAAAGCGCAUCCCAGAAGCAUCAUUGACACCCACAGAGACAGGACUUAUACGUACCGCCUCAGAGAGAGCCGAAUGUGUUAAGUCCUAAAGUGGAAAUUAAAUAAUUUCAAUUUUACCAGAAAAAAAAAACAGAAGAGAUUAAUUUUAAAUAAAUUGUGUGUGUUGCUAAAGUUCUUCUAAACAGAAGAAGAAAAUGUGAAAGAAUGAUUUUUUUGCCAGAAAAAGGAUUUAUAGUAACUAUAUAAAAAUAUAUAUAAAAAAUCAAUAUAUUAUAAAGGAUAUAUAAUUAUAAAUAAAGAAAAAAAAGUAUUAAAACAAGAAAAAAAGAU